AUGAUUUUAUUCUUAAUUUUUAUACUCUGCCUAGGCGGUACGACUGCACAAAAUGCUGCGGAUGAAGAGUUCAGCCCAUAUGUCUAUACGCACUCUCAGUUACCUUUCAAAAAUAAAAAUUAUGCCAGAAGAUGGUACGGCUGGGAUCUUGCGUACAUCCAAAGUCCUCUACUGGCACCAGCAAAACCGUCAAAAAAAUAUAUACCAAACCCGCUUCCGUUAAUCCAGCCGUUGAUAGUCAAGUGGAGCGACUUGAAAAAUGUUGAAGUUAAUCAAGAAAAUACAUGGAACUUUGAUAAAAGAAUUGACUCUAAAGUGUGGUGGCCUUAA